CUUAAAAAUCAAGGAUUAUUCAUAAAUAUGGAUUGUACCACAGCAAACAAAAAUAAUUAUACGUCUGAACAAUAUAGGUCGCGUGGCAAUGAAGCAUUUAAAAUUAAAAACUACGAAGAAUCGCUAAAAAUGUAUACUUUAAGUAUAAUGACUGCGGAAACUGACUCUCUCAACUAUGCUUUGUCUGUGGCAAAUAGGUCUGCUGCUUUAUAUUAUUUAGAAGAAUAUGAGCAUAGCUUAAAAGAUAUUGAUCAGGCAUUUAAAUCCAAACGGUAUCCAUUACAGAAUGAUUACAAGUUAUUAGAAAGAAAAGGAAAUUGUUACCGUCAUAUGAAUCAAAUGUCUCAUGCUUUAGAACUGUAUUCGAAUUGCUUAUCACAUUUAAAUACUAAUACACAUUUGACAUUUGCCACCAAAGAAAAAAUCAAAACCAGAAUAUCAGAAUUUGUGAAAAAAUGUGAAGUAGUAGAAGAAAAGACAAAGGAAAUUAAUAAUAAAUAUAAAAGUUUCACAAGACUUGAAUUUGAUAAAAAGUCUGGUUUAUCAAAUUUUAUUGAAAUAAAAAAUUCAAAAGAAAUGGGAAGAGGAUUAUUCGCAUCAAAAAACAUUAAGUCUGGUGAAAUACUCAUCAUAGAAAAACCUUUUGCUGGUGUAUUUAAAAAUAAUAUGUGGAUUUUCAACUGCAAUUAUUGUUUCAAACGAUGUUUAUCGGCCAUCCCGUGUUCCAAAUGUUCACAGGUUGUCUAUUGUGAUGAGACGUGUCUACAAAAAGCCCACACCAGUUACCACGGUAUAGAAUGUUCAUUAGUCUACCCUCUCAAAGCGGACCCAACUGUUGAACCCACCCACGAUCUGGCUUUACGUUGUUUUGUUCAGCUGAUUAAUGUAAUGGGCCUCGAACAUUACUGCUCGUUGGUACAAAAGUAUAAUGAAACAAACUUUAGUUUUGACGAAAACAGCGAUAAUCAUGAUGAUGUGGACAAUACUUUUCACUCGAUAUAUGCACUGGACGGAAACGAGACCAAAAGAACCGUAUCCAAUUUAUUUUUCAUGCAUUGCACCGCGUCAAUGAUGGUGUCUCUGUUGUCGUUGAAUGAAUAUUAUGAUAUACCAUCUAAUUUGUUGGGCACUGUUGGUGUAUCAUUGGUUCAUUUGCUGUGUGUAGCCAACUUGAACUCACACGCGUCUGUAGAGCAUUCCAAGUACAUAGGAAAGAACAGUAAUAAUGUCGUCUUGAACCGACCAGUGACUUAUGAUUCUGUCGCUCUUGUCCUAUGCACUGCGUACAGUUUGAUAAAUCAUUCGUGCGAUCCAAAUGUGAUCGUUCAAACGUAUAGUGGUGUAGAGGUGACUCGGGCAAUACAGCCGAUUUCUAAAGGAUCUCAACUAUUCACUGAUUAUGGCGUCAAAUUUAUGACACACGACAAAGAAGAACGCAGUAGACAUUUA